ACACUUCAAGCUGUUAAGGCGACAUUCUUCAUAUAAAACAAUGUGAAAAAGAAAAUCACAUUUUUGGUUGAAUGCAGACGUACUUGAAGGCCUCUCUUAUUGAGACUCGUGGGCUUCAUCUGAUCGGAUAAAAGCUCCUUAAAACAAGCUGCACUGGAAGCAGAGCGACAGAGGAAAACAGCAGGUGUACAAUGAGAAAAUAAGCUCAUGCUACGUUGUGCAUUACAGAAUGUCACAAAAAGCUUUCUUUCAUUGUCUUUGAAUCACUGUUCUUGAAGAGUUUUUUUGUCUUGCAAACAGUAACAAGAGAAGGAGGAUCUUCCCUCAGGCGACAGGAGGGGUAUUUUUAUAGUUUCUUUAGACCACUUAUUCAAUUAUCUGGCAGGUAUCGUGUAACUGAUGGAAUGUGGUGUGAAGACGAAAUGUGAGCCCUGAGGCAAGAGAUGUGUUAGUGGAAGCUGGUGCCACAUUUCUCUCUAAAAUAUUAAUGAUUCUUAGUAAGUUCAACGUUUGAAAUAGACAUGAAUUGUUAAAACGGUGUGGAAUAUAUGAUUUAUGAAGCAAUGUUUGCAAAAAAUACAUACUUGUACGUACAGCUCCACUCCAAUUUGAACUGAUACAACAGACAGCUCAUUCAAAAAUUGUGUUAAAAUUCAAGUCCAUGGUUCCAUUUUUUUUAUUGUAUGAUGGUGACGCCUGUGAGUGCACUGGGACGUGGGAAGUUAUUGUAUUUGGACAAUCAAUUCAUUAUGACUUUCAUUAAGUAUGAAUGAAAUAAUUAAAACACUUAAGCUUCUUAAAUGUGAGGAUAAGUUACUUUCCAAUGCUUCACAUCACCCAGGCUUAAAGUAGUAUACAUGUAUUGCAUCCACGUCAGCUAAUUUUAGCCACAUCAUUGAGUUGUCACAUACAGAUGUUGUGAACCUUUAUUGGCAGUUCGGCUUAAUGUCCAGAACCCAACAACCGGACUGGGAACCAUUGCAGCAAUGCAGAGAACCAGCAACACGAGUUUGGGUUCCUGCAGCCUGAGGUGUGAUCAUACAAGUCUGCGGGACGUUGGACGGACGAGUGGACGCGUCCACACUGCUGUCUGUCUGUCCUGCAGCUGGGUCUGCUCUUAAAGGGGGGGACGCCAACGGCAGUAUACCAGCCUCAAAGGACGCACGUAACCUAGUUAUGUCCGUGAAAUACGACUCUUUAUUCAAACCAAGAAGAGCAGGAACUUCCUGAUAUGAUUCAUUUGAACAAUCUGCACGAGGCACAGUUAUUGUGUGUGUGUGUGUGACCGAAUUUAUUUUGGCAACACUACGUUUCCCUUCGACCAGUCCGGACGUGCCCUUUAAUUCAGCCGCUUCCUCCGCCGUGUAGCCGCUGUCGGCGUAGCACAACAGCGGGAGCCUCAGCGUGAACAUCCCCCGGUUCCUCCUCUGCCCGCCGCGUCUCCAGCGAGUCUCUCUCCCCCUGCCAUGCCCCGGGCCGCCUCUCUUCUGCCUGCCCUGCUAGUCUUGCUCCUGCCGGGCCCGGGUCGUGGAUAUUUCCCGGAGGAGCGCUGGAGCCCCGAGUCUCCGCUCCUCGCUCCCCGGGUCGUCCUCGCGGUGGUGUGCCGCAACUCGGCGCACUCCCUGCCGCUGUUCCUCGGAGCCAUCGAGCGCCUCGACUACCCGAAGGACCGCGUUGCGCUGUGGGUGGCGACAGACCACAACAUAGACAACACAACAGCCAUCCUGAGGGACUGGCUUAUCAAGGUGCAGAAUGACUAUCACUACGUGGAGUGGAGACCUCAAGAGGAACCCAGGGCCUUUGAAGACGAGCCGGGGCCUAAGCACUGGAGUAAUCUCCGCUAUGAACACGUAAUGAAGCUGCGUCAGGCCGCUCUGGAGAGCGCCCGUGAGAUGUGGGCCGACUACCUGCUGGUGGCCGACUGCGACAACCUUCUCACCAACACCGACACGUUGUGGAAACUGAUGAGUGAAAACAAGACCAUUGUCGCGCCGAUGCUGGAGUCCAGAGCGGCGUACUCUAACUUCUGGUGCGGCAUGACUUCACAGGGUUACUACAAACGCACACCAGCCUACAUGCCUAUCCGUAAGCAGGAGCAACGGGGCUGCUUCGCCGUGCCGAUGGUGCACUCCACCUACCUGGUGGACCUACAGAAAGAGGCCUCCCGUCAGCUGGCUUUUUAUCCACCUCACCCAGAGUACAGCUGGGCCCUGGAUGAUGUCAUCGUCUUUGCCUACUCCGCUCGGAUGGCAGAUGUGCAGAUGUAUGUGUGCAACAAAGAGACUUAUGGGUAUUUCCCAGUGCCAGUGCGUUCCCACGCCACCCUGCAGGACGAGGUGGAGAGCUUCGUGCAUACUCAGCUUGAGAUCAUGGUGAAAAAUCCUCCAUUGGAGCCCUCCAGCCUCCUGUCUCUCCCUCCCAAGCAGCCGAACAAGAUCGGCUUUGAUGAGGUGUUCAUGAUAAAUCUGGUGCGGAGAUCUGACCGUCGCGAGCGAAUGCUGAGGAGCUUGUAUGAGCAAGAGCUCAGUUGUAAGGUCGUUGCUGCUGUGGAUGGCAAAGCUCUGAACAAGACUGAUAUAGAGUCAAUGAGGAUUAAGAUGCUGCCGGGUUACAAAGACCCUUAUCAUAGUCGGCCCCUCACCAAAGGUGAACUGGGUUGUUUCCUCUCUCAUUACAACAUCUGGAAGGAGAUAGCCGAUCGUGGUCUGCAGACCUCCCUGGUCAUCGAGGAUGACCUGCGCUUCGAGGUGUUCUUCAAGCGACGUCUCCAGACGCUGCUGCAGGAGGUGACGAAGCACAAGCUGGACUGGGAUCUCAUUUACAUUGGGCGGAAGCGGAUGCAGGUGGACCACCAGGAGAAGUCGGUACCAAACAUCCACAAUAUCGUGGAGGCGGACUACUCCUACUGGACACUAGGCUACCUGCUGUCUUUACAAGGAGCCCAGAAGCUCCUCCGGGCAGAACCCCUCAGCAAGUUGCUUCCUGUGGAUGAGUUCCUCCCUGUCAUGUACAACAAGCAUCCAGUUUCGGAGUACAUGGGCCACUUUGAGGUUCGGGACCUGCGUGCCUUUUCGGCCGAGCCGCUUCUGGUGUACCCGACCCAUUACACCGGAGACCAGGGCUACAUCAGUGACACGGAAACAUCGGUGGUCUGGGACAACGAGGCCCUCAAAACGGACUGGGACCGGGCCAAGUCGAGGAAAACUCAAGAGCAGGGGGAGCUGAGCUUCGAGGCUCAGAACUCUGACGUGCUGCAGUCUGAGCUGGAGAACUGGAGCGCGCGGGACGAGCUGUAAAGGAGACGAGAGGAGGUGAGGAGGAGGAGGGAACUCUGGCACAGCGAGAUAAGGACGAGGUAGAUAGAACAAAGCUGUGACGGGGGAGAAGAGGGAGAGAAUACAGAGGGAGGGACGUUUCUCCCUCCUGUCUUUUCCUCGAAGAGUCAACCUUUUGUUUUAUUUAUUGCAUCCAACGCUCAUCCCUUGGCCGCAGGUUUGGCUCUUGGCCCCUUAAAAGAAAAGCUGUGAGGAGUUCUACCAAAGAGUACGGAACCACUGCGCCUUCAUCUUCUUCUUUUCUCGGCGCUUGUCGUUUGGUUAAGCCAGUGUGUUAUUGAAGCAAGUUUUAUAUGGUUGUUACCAUAAAAACGUUAGAUAUGUUUUACUCAUGAAUGUGUUUGUAUAUGCAUUCUUAUUCUAUGUGAGACAUUUUUACCCAUUAACAGCUAUGUGUUGAUUUAGUGUCUUGUUGUUUUCCACUCAGUUCAAAGUGCAGUUUUAAACCAAAUGUGCAGGUUUUUGUUGCAUUUAGCUUGUUGAUUAGAUGAGGAAAAGCAAAAAAUAUGUUUGGUAACUCUCCAUAUUUAGUUGUCUCCGCAAGACUUUUUUUUAAAGAAUGAAUAAAGACUUUUAUAAUGA